AAAACAUCCCAUACUAUCCGUACCUCGAAUCGCGUUGGGGACAGAAUAAUGACGGACGGUGGAGACCGCGCACCACAGGGUUUCCCGACAGGUACUCUGCGCCCCUGUGCGCCAUCACAAUUCGUAACGUAUAAGGUUGGCCAGAACCGACGAACAAUUCUGGUGCGAGUUAGAGAGCCACUAAGAUUCGGGGAAGACAACCCGACCGCCAAUUUGUUUGCUGAUGUUUCCAACAUCCUGGCUCCUGACCUCGGUUCCCGCGUACCUGCAGCAGCGCCAUGCAAGGUGGACUCCCGCCGUUCCGGAACGCUGCGGUUGUUACCCGUUCCGUCCCAUGGAUCCAUCCUCAUCUCCUGCCUAGCACCCAUCCUCUGCGAAUCGAUCCAUGGCAGUGCUGUGCCGUCUCGCCGGUACCUACGGAGUACGUCUAGUGGUGGCUUUCUUGCUUCUGCGUGA